AUGAACAGAACCGAGGCCGUUGACAUGGCUCGCCAACGGGACAGAAAGUUUGUCUUUUGGUCCAUCCACAGAGACCCCUUCCCGGAAGCCAUUACACCUCUGUCGCGGUUUGGGCGAUACUUGCUUGCAUCCGUGCUCUUCGUCGUCCAAUUGACCUUGUUGGUCGGCGUACCAGCGACACCAAGCCUACUGGCAUGGUCUACUCAAAACCAGCUUUGGCUGGCCCUGAUUGAGUCGGGACUGGAGAAGGAAGCAAGGGAGGUCUUGGGAUACCUUAUCCUUGAUACGAUACUCCUUGUUUUCAUGAUCUGGGGUGCUGUGCCGGUCUUUGCGGUGACCAGGAUGAAUGGAAGUCGAGGAAGGAUGCUCAUGUAUGCGGCGUUUGGCGGGAUAACGAUAGUGUUUGUCUGCGUCUCGAUUCGUACGAUGUACUUGACCUGGACCUGGUCACUGCUUUUUGAGCUGGCGGCUGGUGAUGCGAGACUUGUAGGACGAUGCAAGUUCAUCUCCCUCACAUUGGGUGUCCUGCUUUGCUUGGGUUGCGCCUCGGUCGUCAUCUACGCAUUCUAUACGGCAAGAUUCGGCACGCCCUUGGUCAUUCAGCAGAUGCUGGAAGAUGCUGCGCAGUUGCUGUGUCCUACCAAGAUGCAGGCUGAACGGAGAGCUUCGAGGCAGCAAGAGCAGACGUACCAGGAGGUACGAGACGCUCUACCGCAGUUACUCAGCGGCAUUCACGCGAGAGAAAUUCGGGUCGUUCCCAAUGCGUUCAAUUCGACCCCAGCCUUCCUAGCCUACUUCGAGGCCGCCGCCCUGGGCUCUAUAUCUUUGGUACUGUUGGAUGUCGCGAGUGCCAUCAGAAGAGUCGGUGCAAGCCUCGAUGCCAUACGAUCCGAACUCGAGAUUGCAAACGUCGCCAGGGUGCAAGGUUGGGGUCAUGGUGGGUUCGGCACCUACGUGCAUCGCUUCGUCCAGAAUGAGAUGGCUGCCGUCGACGGUACACAGGAUGGUCAACAUCACUGCUUCUAUGUAUGGCACCCGGACAGCGAUUGGUAUCCUGCAUUCGAAGGAAGACAGGCAGAAGAUCCCCUUGGUCCUGCGUUCGGAGGCUAUCAUCAUGAUCUUGCGACAAUAUGCUUGAGGAUGCGAGCCGAUAGAGAAGCUCUUAUUGCAACGACCGAUUAUGGGCGUGCCGCCGUGUUCCAUCUUGUUAUUCCAGCCUACUACCCGCUCGUGAUGGACCAUCCCAUUGCCUUUGCUGACGAACUGCUACCGCUGAUCGUUACCGGGGGCCGGCAUCGAGGCACUGACCUGGUGUAG